AUACAAGGCUUACGAUAAUGCGGCCGAACUUCGGCGCCGAGCGCGCUACAGCUUGAGGAGACAGCUGGCUGAGUUACAGAGGCAUGGAGACACGCAGCUGGGAGCGGCCGAGGAGCAUGCGAGCGCGGGUUGCGCUCGCGCAUACGCUCUAUCAGGCGCAGCGCCGGCCGCCACGCGCCUCGCACUCGCCGUGUCGUUCGACGCGCGCGUGCGCGACGGGCCGCUGCUACACCUCAUUGACGACUCGCAGGAUAAUGAGAAAUACAUGAAGCUGGUGGUGGAAAAGAAAAGACUGCGGUUGACUUGGGACCUGGGCAGCGGCGCGGCAACCAUCGUGCACCCCGAAACGUUGCAGGCCACGCAUGACGACGCCGACCAGACGUCCUACCGCAUCGAGAUAGAAAGGAUAUGGAACACAGUGCACCUCAAACUCGAGCGCAUGGGCGGCGGGACACCCGUCACUGCUACCAACAGUAGCGCCCCAAGCGCCGUCAGACUUACAGGCUCCCAACUAUGGUUAGGGGGCCGCGACGGCGCCGGGGGUCUGCCAGGCUGCGUACACGCGCUGUAUGCAGACGAUGCAAGCGUGGGACUGUGGAACUUCCAGCAUCAGCCUAAAGAAUCGCAGUGCACUGGGUGUACGCAGAGAUGGUACAACCCCGGCGGCGGUGGGCGAGGCGGCGGCGGCGGCGCGGCGCUGGCGUGGUUCGGCGGCGGCGGGUACGCCGAGCUGCGGCGCGGCGGGCUGCGCGCGCCCGACUCGCGCCAGUUCAGCGUGGCGCUCACCUUCCGCACGCGCGACGAGAACGCGCUGCUGUUUAUGGCGCUCGAUGCCGCCAACAACCGUUCAGUAUCCCUGGAGCUGGUGGCGUGCCGCGUGGUGUUCUCGGUGCGCUACGGCGGCGCGCGGCUACGCGUGGCGGCCGGCGGGCGGCACUGCGACGCGCGGCCCGCGCACGUGCACGCCAUCCGCCUGUUCGCCGCCGACCGCCUCGAGAGGG